AUGGUAGCUUCACAAUAUCCCGUUCGCCCUGCGCUUCGUCACGAUGAAGAAGAAAUCACUGGCUACGUGGACCCAUGGGUAGUAUCCCCAGGUGAAACAGCCCACGUCAAGAUCUCUUCCACAAAGCACAAGCUCAGAUACCAACUCGUCAGACUACUCCAAGGCCUUGAUAUGCCCCAUGCUCCAACCCCUGCCAAAGAAAUCAUCGAGCAUGGUCCCAAAGGCGAGUUGGAUGGUCGCUUUCAAGCCUCUCAUCCUGGUUCUUACGCUGUCGUCGAUGCAUGGAAGAGAGAACCUCUGUUGGGCAAGUCAGAAGGUGUUGAGAUUGACUUUUAUGCUCAGCCUUGGAUGCUCAAUGCUCCUCACCCUCAAGCCAUCUUGUCGAGCCUUGAUUCAGCAAAAAGCGCUGGUAUCGCUAUCCUUCUUGAUCGGGACAACCAACUCGUUGUGUGGGUAGGUACCUCCAAUGGCGUUGAGGUCAAGAAGGUAGCUUCAUCUGCUCGUGAGCGCCGAUGGUUCCAUGUUCGCAUCAUUAUCAAGGGCAGAGACUUCCAGUUGCAGAUCACCCACAUUGCUUCUGGAAACGAAAUUGCGCCCUCUUCAACCACUGUCCAUACCUCGUUUUCCAACACUCCCCGUCUUGACUCUGGUAGCCCCAUGUACUUCGCAGCAACGAAGGCCGCCAGCCCAACAUCCGCCGCAGAUCUCCCAGUCCACUUCUUCAACGGCCGCAUCGAAGCUCCCCGCUUCAAAGCCUUGGGUCGGAAGAGCUGGGACAUCGCAAGAUAUGACUUCUCCGUUGGUAUUGAUACAGACGAGAUCUUCGAUGUCUCUGGCUCUGGCCUUGAUGGUGUUCUUGUCAAUGCGCCCACUCGAGCUAUUCGUGGGCAUGACUGGGAUCAUAAGCUCAUCGGUCUUGGCUGGAAAGAGGCAACUUAUGGAUUCGGUGCCGUUCACUUCCAUGACGAUGAUCUUGAUGAUGCUGCGUGGGACACUGAUUUUGAGUUCACUGUUCCUUCUCAUCUUCGCUCUGGUGCUUAUGCGAUCGAAGUUCAAGAUACAGAGUCAGAUCUCAAAGACGCAAUCGUCUUCUUCGUCCGUCCCAAAGAAGUCCGACCGCAAGCAAAGAUUGCCUUUGUCUUUUCGACAUUUACAUACCUCGCGUAUGCGAAUGAGCAUAUGUAUGACGAGACCAAGUCAACACAUAUCUCAUUCCCUGAAGGCGUUCAACUUGUUGCAUCUGAUAACUACUACAAGAUGGUACGAAGACAUGAUCUUGGUCUUGCGAUUUAUGACCUUCACAGCGAUGGUUCAGGUGUUGUGUACAGUACCACCAAGCGGCCGAUUCUGAAUGUGCGUCCGGAUUACAUCCACUGGGGCUUUCAGCGACCACGAGAGUUCUCAGCUGACCUUCUGAUGGUCGGAUUUCUUGAGAAGCAUUUCGGUGACGGUUACGACAUUCUCACGGACCAUGAUCUACAUCUCCGCGGUCGCGCCGCUCUAUCUCAGUAUGAUGUUGUCAUCUCUGGCUCUCAUCCAGAAUAUCCUUCGGCCGAAUCUCUGGAUGCUUAUGAAGGACAUGCUAGGAAUGGAGGGUCUCUCAUUUAUGCCGGCGGAAACGGCUUUUAUUGGAAAUCGGUCACAGAUCCCAAGCGGCCUCACCGCAUGGAAGUGCGGCGCGCUGAUGUCGGCGCGCGAACCCAUGAGAAUCCUCCAGGCGAGCGCCACCACGCACUCAAUGGUCAACUCGGUGGUCUCUGGCGCUCAAUCGGCCGGCCACCUAACGAGCUCUGGGGCAUCGGUAGCUGUGCUUCUGGCAAAGGCCCCGGUCGACCUUUCAUUCCAACCGACGAAGCCCUCAACAAUUCUUCACUGGAGUGGCUUUGGAAGGGCCUCACCGAAGAGUCCAGAAAGCUUCUGGGCACAAAGGGUCUUGCCGGCGGUGCAAGUGGCGAUGAGCUCGAUCGGCUUGACGUUGCGAUCGGAAGCCCCACCAAUGCCAUCUUGCUUGCUCGAAGUGAGCGUCAUGAUGAUCAUUUCAUGCUGUUCAAUGAAGAGCUCAUCUUCCCCAUGAUCGGGACACUCGGCUCAACUUCACCUCUUGUGAGGAGCGACAUGGUAUACUAUGAGACCAACGGAGGCGGUUCGGUGUUCAGUGUUGGUAGUAUUAACUGGAACAAUUCUCUGGCUUGGGAUGGGUAUCAGAAUGAUAUUGCGCAGGUGACUGAGAAUGUUAUUCGGGAGUUCCUCGCUCGAGGGAAAAAGGCCGCUUCAGGAUGA